AUGGACAAAAAUCUGAACAACCUCCUGAAAUGGAGUAUCGAGAACUCAGUUCCCUCAACCGGCGACAACAGUAAUCCACCACCACAAUCCAACGAAGGAGUUGAAGCCGGCGCCAGGACGAGCACGCUUGACCGCGACGUGCUCGCCGCGCUGUUAGGCGGGCCCUCAGACGCGGAGCUGAUGAAGGCGGCCAUGGAGGUGAUCACAGACCCCAGCGUGGAGCUUGACCAAAAGCUCAUCGCCUUCGACAACUUCGAGCAGCUGAUCGAGUCGCUCGACAACGCCAACAACUUAGAGAACCUCUCCCUCUGGACCCCGCUGCUGUCGCUGCUGGCGCACGAGGAGCGCGAGCUGCGGCUCAUGGCGGCGUGGUGCGUUGGCACCGCCGUGCAGAACAAUGUGCGCAGCCAGGAGCGGCUGCUCGCCAUGGGCGGGAUCCCGCCGCUGGUGGGGCUGGCGCUGCGCGACGACGAGCACGAGUCCGUCCGGAAAAAGGCCAUCUACGCGCUCAGCUCGGCCGUGCGGAACUACCAGCCCGCCAUGGACGUUGCGGCGCAGGAGUUGAGGAAAAACGGGCAGGACCACGGCAAGGGGGAUAAGCUGGAUGCAAGCGAUAUGGAUUUGGUGGACGAGAUUAUGGGGUGGUUGAAGCAGAGGGUUGCUGAGACGGCCAAGGCAUAG